AUGAACUUUGCUUUACCUUCUUCCAAAUUACCUCUUGUAUAUAGACAUCCAUUACAAGGGUUUGUCAAUACUUUACCAUAUAUUGAUGGAGAAAUAGAUACCAAAACCAAAAUUAUAGUAUUCAUACUUUUUCUAUAUAGGUUGAUCGUCUAAUAUAAUAAGAAAUGUAAAAUAUGGAUCCAUAAGAAUAUUUGCAUGAAUUACCAAUUCCAUAGACUAAAUUAACAGAUCUAUUGAAAUCAGAAAUGGAAAGAGUUGAAUUAUAAUAACCUAUGUCCAAAAUUGAUUUCGAAUAAAAACCAAAUCUCAAUCAGGAAUUUCAAUCAGCUCAUGAAAUUCAAGAAGUUAAUUAACAAUUAAAUGUGCUAAAUUAAUAUGCUUAAAUUAAGUAUAUUUAUAUCAUUGAACUCUAUAGCAUAAUCAAUUCAGAAUUACUAAAUAAAUAUGGUAAAGAAUCAUGGACAUUAUUGCUCAAAUCUUAAGAAAAUGAAAAGAAUAGAUUAACGAAAGAAGUUCUCAAUCAAUAAUAAGAAUUAAAUCACAUUAAUGCUUAACGAAAAUAUGAAUAGGUAAUUUUUACCUAAUAUUAAGAAUGAAGUUAAAUACAAAUUAGAUAGUUUGAAGUCUAAAGUUUAAGAAGUCUUAACUAAUAAUGCUUAAUUAUAGAUUGUAUGUGCACAAUUAGAAUAAGAAAUCUAUCAAAAAUAGAGAAAAAAAUUAAAAUUGAAUUGA